AUGGAAGCAUGGUUGCAUCCACUUCCCCAAAAGCAAUAUGAUGAGGGCCGUACAAUCUAUCUCUCUGCAAACAAUUUUGGAAGGCUUGUCAGGGGUGCUGGAUAUGUGCAACUUUCAGAUUUUGACUGUGCAGUAAAAGGAAAUGGCAAAAACAAUGGCGCCAUCCAAGUGGAUAUCUACCGUGCUCCAGAGGUUAUUCUUCAGGCUGGAUACUCAUACAGUGCUGAUAUAUGGAAUCUUGGUGUGAUGCUGUGGGACUGGCUUGAAGGAUCGCCACUCUUUACCGCUGUUGAUACAAACCGUGGAAAUGAAUAUGAUGACAUCAAUCACCUUGCCCUGAUUACGGCUCUCUUUGGACCGCCGCCGGACAAUCUCCUCCGUCAGGGGGAGAGGACAGACUUUUUAUAUGAUGAUUUGAAAGAGCCGUACAUUAAACCCACACCUAACGAGUUCGGCUUUGAACAGUCCGUCAAUCGCAUAUCCGGCGAGGAGAAGGAACAGUUUAUCAAGUUUGCCAGGCGGAUGAUCAAAUGGCAGCCCGAUGAGCGAAGCACUGCUAAGGAACUGCUUAAAGAUCCUUGGUUGGAUGUGAAGCUGGCAUAG